AGACCGGCGUGAAUAUUAACGCAGCAGGGUGGCAGUAUCAGCUCGCGCGCCUGGAGGCCUCCUCCCGGGAUUUCCUCGCUCGUUAGGUCUUUUUCUUCCACCGCCUCCCUCCCCUCCCAUGGCUUCCGGUCCUCCCUCUAAGCGUCGCCGGAAGGACCAGAGCGAAGAGAAGGCGGCUGAGGAGGCUCCUGGGACGGGAUCGUCGCCUCUCGUGGUCUUCGCCCAUGGAGCCGGGGCUCCUUCCACUUCCGAAUGGAUGGUCAGGUGGAAGGAAAUGUUAGGUGAAGCAUUGGAUGCUGUCCAAGUAGUCACCUUUGAUUAUCCAUAUAUCUCUGGUGGAAAACGUAAAGCUCCCCCUCGAGCAGAAAAGUUAGUUGAUCAUCACUUGGGUGUUGUAAAGGAUGCUGUCACAAAAUAUCCUGGGCAUCCUCUGAUUCUGGUGGGGAAAUCAAUGGGUUCAAGAGUCAGCUGCAUGGUUGCUGGUGCAGAAUGUAUCAAUGUUUCAGUAGUUAUAUGCUUGGGUUACCCACUUAAGGGCAUGAAUGGGGCAAUACGUGAUGAGACUUUGUUGCAGCUAAGGACUUCAACGUUUUUUGUACAGGGUAGUAAAGAUGGCUUGUGUCCCCUGGAUAAGCUUGCAACCACCCGUAAGAAGAUGAAAUGCAUCAAUGAGUUAUAUGUGAUUGAUGGUGGUGAUCACUCUUUCAAGAUUGGAAAAAAGUACCAAGAGUCAACUGGAUUGGGCCAGGAAGAAGCUGAAACAAGAGCUGUCAAGGCUAUUGCAGAGUUUGUCACAAAAUGCAUCCAAAAAGGUGAUUAAUGUUACAUCUAUGAAAUUUUUUGUUAGUAAAUCAAAUACAACAUGUCUUGUCUGUUUCCUUAUAUAGGCAUUGUAAAAUUUAUUGUGAGUUUUGAUAUCCGGUACAACUAAAGUAUGACCUAUAUAUGUAAUGAUCCGUGCAGGCAUGUGUUUAGUCUCA